AGGAUUAUCCAUGACACCGUGAUGGAAGCUCCGUACCCCAGGCAGAGCCCGAGGCUGGGGAACCAGAGAAAGUCUAUGGGAAGCCUAGGGAAGAGGAGCCUACAGACAAAGUUACCACUGCUAAAAAGAAGUUUAGGUAUCAAAUCCCGAUCUUAACCAUGCUUGAGAUUUAUGACACCCUUAGCAAAUUACUAGGAACCAUGGUAUCGGUGUCGUUUCAGACCAUGCUGCAGGCCAGCCCUAGGUUGCUCAAAGGGCUUAGACAACUGUUGACUCGACAGCGAGUAGAGAUAGACGAAAACCCCGAAUCACCGGAAGGGGAAGGGGAGGAGGAAGCUUCGCAAGAAGUCGCUAACCUUCAGAGGAGUCGCGGGGAUUUGGAGGAUCUCGAGAAAGCCUUUGCGGAAAUCCGCCUGAGCUUGCCUGACCGAGAAGGUGGCGAGGUCAUGAGGGCACCUCCCGUGACAAAGCUCAGGUUCCAUGCGCUACCCGUAGGAAAGUUGAAAAUCCAGAUCGCGACUCAUCAUACCGAUGCAUUAGUAGACGGGGUAGCGGAAAUCACUCUCUUAAGGAGGGAUUUCACAACAAUCACGGGCUGUACGGGACGAAAGAAAGACCUUAGAAAAGCAAAAAUGGAAUUCGGCAACGAAAAUGACAGUGGGGCGAUCAACAGGCCUACCGGAGGGGAAGAAGCGGGACCGAGUCGAAGGAGGAGGACGACAAAGAGAAAGUUGUACAUAGGGCUCAUAUCCGGGCAAGUGGUAGGCAGGGGUGCGAGAAAGCACAUGUGUAGAGGACCCUCGCCCCUUCGGAAGGGAGAAGGUAUAUAUAUCUCGUCUGGGAGUGAGAGUGAGGAGGAAAGGGCAAGUGUGGGAGAAGGGGGCAAAGCAGAUGUGGGAAACAAGGCUCAGGCCUCUGACGGGGAAGGGGCCGAGAGAUGCGAGCAGUGUGAGUCUUGCCAUGGGGAAAGCGAGGGGAGACAGGACGUGUGUGACAGACGUGAGGACAGGGAAGAAAGAGGGGAAGGUCCGCAUGAGGAAUGGAGCGGCCACGACAGUUGUGAGGGGAGAUACCCGAGCUUUGAAGAGGGAUAUGGAGGGAGGGCAGGGAUUCCUUAUAGCUACGAUCCAAAGAACUUGACGGAUGGGUAUAGCCCCAUACAGACGAAAGAAGAGGAGGAAGUGCAGGAGGUCAUAGAAAUCAGCAGUGGGGAUGAGAAGGAUGAAAUCUCGAGGCCUAGAGAAGAGAGGCGGCCCCCGAUACACCAGCCACGCGAAGGAGCCUUCAGAUGGGAGGAUGAGUUUGGGCCAACGCCCAAGCAUUGGUUUCAGCAAUGGCUCAGUGGGAUCAAACAUAAGUGGAUUAUCAAGGCCCGGGAACUCGCGAAGGCAGGGAUGGUGGCCACACCUUUGGAUUUCUACAGCGAGCUCUUUGUAUGGGAUUUGAGCAGGGAUGAUCCCCAAAGAGGGGUAUCAAGGAUCAGUCAUAAAGGGGUCAGAAAGAGUGUCGAGGGAGUGGUAAUAUGUUAUCCAUGCAAAGGGCAGAAGGAGGUGGGAGAGUGGGGAGUUGCGGAUUGCUAUGUGAGCAAGAAGAACGGUGCAAAAGAUGCCAGUCGGGGCCUUAGAGCCUUUGAUAAGCUACAAACGAUCCACUCUUGUCAGUGGAAGAGUGUCAGGGCACUCACGAGAGUUAUGGACGAGUUGGUUGCCGUCCCUGGCCAUGGGGUCACUGAGAUCCAACUGGUCCAGUUGUUCUAUAGUGCCAUGCCCGAGCCUUUGCGCGGGCACUUCUUUGAGAGGAGCAAAGAGUCUACCAUGACCUACGAUACCCUGAGUAGGGAAGUGGUGACUUUCAAAGCCCAGUCCAUGCCAACGUCUACUUUCUGGCACAAAGACUUGGACAAGGGGCAAAAUUGGAAAGGUUGUACCAUCUCUGGCCGAGUUCGGGCCAAGGAUCACUUGAUCCUCACGUUGGAUGAAGGUGGUAUGGAAAAGGUCCCCUAUAGUCAAAUAGAGUGGGGCCUAGAAGAGGAGGACAAUGGCAGUGGUCAGGGGAGGACGUACGCUGCUGUCGCGGCUGGAGGGAGGCCGCAAGGAAGAGGAAGAGGCCAAGGCCAAGGGGGUCGGGCCUCUGGUGGUCGAGGGCGGGGCGCUCAGGGGGUUGGCGGCAAAGGAAACCGCCAAGAUGGAGAUGACACAGCGGCAGCAGCGAAGAAGAAGGCAGAGGACGCCGAGCAGGCACGUCGGUUGGCACUUGAACAACAGCGCCAGCAUGACGAGGCAGCAACAAGGGCUACCAAUGAAGAAAGAAACCAGCGUCGUGAGAAGAUAUUUAGCGGAGAGCAGACUUUGCUCACAAUGGCAGCGGAAUGGCGGACCGAGGGCGAGAAUGGCAAGCUAGAGGAUAGCGCAAACAAGAUCGCUCUCCUCCUCUCCCAUCUCACAGACCUUCUGGCAACCUGUAUUACACAGCAGGAGGAUAUCCACAGCCUCGACGACUCGCUAGCUCAAGUACAAGGCCGCCUCCAGCAGCUGGAGCAGCGACCUGUCGCCGCCCCCGAUGCAAGCUCUUCCAACACCUCUGAUCGCCUCGCAGCAUUGGAGAUGGACAUCGGCUCCCUCAAGGACGACGUGCAGUUACAGCAGACCGCAACGCAACAAUUGGAGCAGCGGAUCUGUACCACCGCCAAUACCUCGAGUUCGGAACCACGCGAGACAGCUCCAAAGUUUGACGGGCAGGAGAUCUUCUGCGACUCGAUGAAGACAGAUCCGGUUCCAUGGUUUCAUCCUGUUGAGGAUAGAGUUGACGACAGGAGGCUGACACGUUCAAGGGCCCUUAGGGUCCCGCACGUGUACCAGGCCCUACAACCGGGAGACGAAAGACGGCUUCAAGCCGAACGUAGAGCUUGUGCUCUAGCAUCAACGAGAGCAACAGCAAACGCCGCAGCUAGGGAACAGGCUGCCGCGGCAGCUAGGGCGGCAGCCAUGACUAGCUCAGCAGCAUCCUCUGCGGCUUUGUCAGGGACUUAUGGGACUCACUUGGGAAUGCCACUAAGUUCCACAAGUUCCACGGGCACUUCCGGUUCGACGGGUUCGCAACAGUCUACUAGUCAAAUGGCGGGAUCGCAGUUCAGCCCGCUGACCCCACGCGAGAGGGAGCUCAGAGAGAUCCAACAGGUCGAAAGGCUCCGCCAGCAGUUAGAGGAGGAUCUGAAGAAAGCAACCGAUAGAGAAAGAGAUAUAAAAAGUAGAGCGGCCAGACUUGAUACGUUGGAGGCUGACAAGGCUGCGUUAGAGGGAUUGGACGAAACGGGUUUGUCUAACCCCCUGAAAGUGUUGAAGAACAACAUGUUGUCACUGCAUGCGCACGUAGACAGCAGGUUGGACUUCAUGCAGAGCACUUUGGACCCGAUCCUGGAUGCAUUGACAAGGCCAGGAUUUAGGUCACCUGCGCAAUCGCCGUUGCCGUUAUCGGCGAUGUCAGGCCCCUUUCCGGUACAAGCUGGCACACAGCCAAGUGGUACAUCUGCAGCAGUCUCACAGACUGUUGCGUCUUCUUCUUCGGGUCCAGCGGUGGGAGCUACACCAUCGCAACAACAGGCUAGUCCUCAACCAGGACAGCCGCAAGGCCAAUGGUAUCGUAAGACCCUAAUGAAACCGCCUCUUGCCUUCUCAGGUGAGGGAAAGGGAGAAGAGCUCAACACCUGGUUGAGAACAGUCCCGGUUUGGGUGAAGGCCAAGAGGACCUUGCUAGAGGACGAAGUGGUAACUGCGGCAUCUUACCUCGAAGGAGACAAGAAGGACGAGGCUCUCGACACGUGGUUGACAACGGUGCCAAUGUGGGUGAGGGCAAAGAGAACAUUGGUAGAGGAGGAAGUGAUUACUGCUUCAUCCUACUUAGAGGGUUCAGCAGCUCGCUGGCUUAAUGGAUUGGUAGCUUCAAAGGGGUUCGAUAGGAACAUGGGUGAUUGGGCGCAGACCCACACCCUGGAGAGCUUUAUGGACUUAGUGGAGGCAUGGUGGCACAAUCCUCAGCAGGCACAAAUUGCCACUGAUGGAUUAUUAAAGCUUGAUGCUAGGAAGUACAAGUCGCUGCGAGAGCUUACCACGACCGUAAAGCGCUUAAUCGUUGUCCCAGGAGUGGAGUACAAUCCACAGGUCUUGUUGACCACGUUCUUGAGAUAUCUUCCCACAGACAUCAAGAACUUAUUAGCCAGUGAGGCUUGUAGAGAGUAUCACACCUUUGAGACAUUCAGCAAGAAGGCCCUAGACUUAGAGGCUAUGCUGGGAAGUGCUCAAACCCCUUCUACGAACGGUAGAAAGAAGAAGACUCCACAGGAAUGGAAGAAGUAGGGUAGUCGAUUGAUGAUGGUUGAUUCCGAAGGGAAUCAAACUGAAAUCGAUGA